AAUCUUGUUGAUAAAUAAUGUUAGGAUGGCGAUAAAACCUUAUCCCAUUGCCAUUCAUGAUCGAGAGACCUUCUUUUGACAACUUUAAAAUCGAAUAUCCUCCACCCAAAACUCACACCACCCCUAUCUCAUUAGCAAAGGCCAAUCCACCCUUUUCCUUUUUUUCAUUUAUUUAUAAAUAACAUUUUAUAUACCCAUUUUACAACUUCCAUUUUUCUCCCGCCACAAACCCACUUUCCGGCUACUUUUCCGGCCACCUUUCCGGCCACUUUCUCUGGUGAAAAUGGCACAAUGUUUGGCUCCGUCGGUGCAAUGGCAGAUGAGGUUAACAAAGAGUUCAAUGGAACCAAGCUCUAUGACCUCCAAAAUGUGGAACUCUUUUUCUUUGAAGCAGAACAAGAAAGGCGCACUCAAAACGUCCACAAAGUUUAGAAUAUGCGCUUCGUCAAAUGGAACCAUUAACAGGAUGGAAGACCUACUAAACCUUGAUGUAUCUCCUUACACUGAUAAGAUCAUUGCUGAAUACAUUUGGAUCGGAGGUUCUGGGACAGAUGUGCGCAGUAAAUCAAGGACAAUCUCGAAACCUGUUGAGCAUCCUUCUGAGCUUCCAAAGUGGAACUAUGACGGAUCAAGUACUGGACAAGCACCGGGAGAAGAUAGUGAAGUUAUCUUAUACCCGCAGGCGAUCUUUAAGGAUCCUUUCCGUGGCGGGAACAACAUCUUGGUAAUAUGUGACACAUACACACCACAAGGCGAGCCCAUCCCUACAAACAAACGUGCUAAGGCUGCUGAGAUCUUCAGUGACCCUAAAGUUGUAGCUCAAGUGCCGUGGUUUGGAAUUGAGCAAGAGUACACUUUGCUUCAGCCAAAUGUGAACUGGCCUUUGGGUUGGCCAACAGGCGGAUACCCUGGUCCACAGGGACCAUACUACUGCGGUGCUGGAGCAGAUAAGUCUUUCGGAAGAGACAUAUCAGAUGCACAUUACAAGGCUUGCCUGUAUGCUGGAAUUAACAUCAGUGGAACCAACGGAGAAGUUAUGCCCGGACAGUGGGAAUUCCAAGUUGGUCCUAGUGUGGGAAUUGAAGCUGGAGACCAUAUCUGGUGUGCGAGAUACCUCCUUGAGAGAAUUACUGAGCAAGCCGGUGUUGUCCUAACACUUGACCCUAAACCGAUUGAGGGAGACUGGAAUGGUGCAGGAUGCCACACUAACUACAGUACAAAAGCCAUGAGAGAAGAUGGUGGAUUUGAGGUGAUUAAAAAGGCGAUUUUGAACCUUUCACUUCGCCACACGGAGCACAUCAGUGCUUAUGGAGAAGGAAACGAGAGAAGGUUGACCGGGAAACACGAAACCGCCAGCAUCAACCAGUUUUCAUGGGGAGUUGCUAAUCGUGGUUGCUCAAUCCGUGUGGGGCGUGAUACUGAGGCCGCUGGCAAAGGUUACUUGGAAGACAGGCGUCCGGCAUCAAACAUGGACCCAUACACCGUGACUGGAUUACUUGCGGAAACCACCAUCCUGUGGGAGCCUAGUCUUGAGGCUGAAGCACUUGCUGCCCAGAAGUUGGCAUUGAACGUGUAGACUCACGUCAACUCAUGAUCUUCGAAAGCUCGGUGUUCUGUUUCUAGUUUGAUUUCUUCAACAUCUUUGUAAAUAAAGGUCCCCAAAAGUCAUACCUGAUUCAUGUUCGACACUAUUUUUAGCAAUUGGGUGCUUUUUUUACAAAUGAUUAUUGGACUGUUUAUGCACAUCUUGAUGUGUGCUUGGUCCAAACUGAGUCAACUUUA